CGCUUAUCCGCUCUGAGGCAGGCGGUGACAUGGAUCAGUUUUCUCAGUUACUUUGGGGGUACUUGGGCAGUACUUGCGAGUUGGCCGGUCUCUAGUGGGAGAACGAUAGGAAGAACUCGGGCGGCUGCGGUACUUCCAGAGUCGCCCCCCAUUUUCACCUCCCCGCCACUCGCUCGACCCUAUUUUCGCUCGUCCUCUUUUUCCUUCCCUCACAACUAUAUCAAUAAUCACGGCUCAUUCAGAAGUCGACCCUCUCUGGUAAGUUUGGGAUUGAUUCCGCUCGCCUCAUCUCCGCUCCUUGCUUUCAUUCCCCAGCCUCGUCCGGGCGCCGGUCAACCGGCCGCUACCCCUCCUUGCGUACCCGCACAUUGCCCGUGUCGCAAAUUCUUAUCGCCCUGCCAGAACUCUCCCUAGUCCAAUCGCAAAGACAAAGGAAACGGCAGACGAGAAGAACUGUUCUACGUGAAGGCUUUCUCAUCCGAACCUUUUACCUUAUUCAUCCCCCCCCCCUCCAGUCUCCAUCGACGCCACCCAGCCGGGUCCCCUUGCCAAACAAAAUUCAAGGCGACUGUGCAGGUGCCUUUGAUCAAGCUCGUGAGCGGAUUCAUUCAACUUACGACUACUACGAUCAUCGUUGUGAUCAAAAUUCCAACUCACCCGUCUUCACGAUGUCGGAUCUCAACGAGCAACCGUCGGAGUCGAUGACCGGCUCGGAUACCUCUGGCCUGAAGCCGUUGUCUAAUGCCAACGAUGACCUCCAGUCCAUUUCCAACCCCAACAACAGCGACUUGGCCCGGGUUAUGAACCGCGCCGGUAUCGCGAUGACAAACGGUGGAUUUCCGCUCGACGAUCUCGAAGACGAGGAAGAGGUGGACGAAGAUUAUGUCGCAGUCGACCAGGAAGAUGUAAACGACUACCCCUACUGGUUCCGCCGGCCCCCAACCCACCACCGCACCAAGCUUGAUGAGUUGCAUCCGUUCGUUCAAUUGCUCUCCGUAUCCAACGUGGAGGACUGUGUGCAAGUGGAGAAUGCGUUCCCCGAGCCGGAGCGCUGUUCGCGUGACAAGUUCACCUACCGCCUGACUCGCUGCCCGGAGCUGAGCUUGGGUAUCUUCACACUACCCGUUCUCGAUGAAAGCAAGCCCAAGCCUCGCGCGACUCUUAUUGGACACAUCAUCGCCACCCGGACCUCGGAGCCUUUGGUGACGGACCGGGCUAUGCGUCUGCCUCAAGACUGGCAGGCUCAGCGGUGGACGCUGGAGGAUAACCAGGCCGUUGGUCACGAAGAGGGUGGUGGUACAAUCGCCAUCCACUCGCUGGCCGUGCUCCCCGAGCACCAAGGCAAACAAGUCGGAAGCACUCUGCUGAAGUCAUAUAUCCACCGUAUUCGGGAGGCGCAGAUCGCGGAUCGGAUCGCGAUCAUCGCGCAUGACCAUUUGAUUCCUUUCUAUGAGUCGUUCGGCUUUGAGUCCCGCGGCCCUAGCAAGUGCCAGUUCGGCGGAGGUGGUUGGGUGGAUUUGGUCCUGGAGUUUGGUAAUGAGGAGAUGAGCCAGUGACCCAGGCGACCUCUACUUUUGCAUCUUUUUUGGCGUGGACCAUGUGUGGCCCUUUUGCCGGUCUGCUUUUUUCUUCACUAUUUGUUCUGUUCUUAUAUCUACGUUUUCUUCCCUUUUGAUCUUCCCUCUCUCAUGUCCUCGUUACGCACGCUAUGUCCGGUCAUCGGUUUUGGUCUUCGGGUUUGAAAGAAACUGGAGUUUGUUUUGUCUUCUGGGGUCGGGGGAUGGCCAGUCUGACGGAGUAUUCUCACGGAAAAGAGGCCUGGGCUUUCUUAAAACUUGGGCCCAAGGCGCUUAUGUACCAUAGUGGAAAAGCGAUGUACAUGAGCAGGCCUAGUCUCUCUUUCUACUAUAUUAUAUAAUUGCAGAAAAAAAAAGAUUAGACUGACGAAGUAACUUGGAAGAAACGUAAUACUCAG